AUGAACCAAACAGACUCCGCACCAUCCGUAGCCCGGCCCCUACGACGGGACCACUACUUCACCCCGGUCACCGGUCUCAGCUUCUUCAACGCUAGGGACCGUGAGACGUAUCUCCUCGCCGGUGAAGACUCGGAGCUCAAGAUCUAUGACGUCGAGGGUCGACUGCGUGGUCAGCUCAAGAUCUUCCGUGCCCAGUCCAUCCAUGGCAUUCACGUCCGCGCCGGUGAAGAGGACGGCCAGCAAAGGCGGCAAGUGCUCCUCUGGGGAAACCAAGCGGUGACUGUGAUACCCGCCAGCGUUGUCGAGGAUCUCAUCCUUGCCGAUGGAAAGGCUGAUGAGCCUUCGGUGCCGCUGGAAGUCGUGGAGGCCAGAGCGCCGGACUGGAUCUACGACGGCGCCAUCUCGCCCGAGGAUCCGGGCCGUGGCGUGCUAGUCACGGCGCACAAUGAGGUCCUCGAGUUUUCCAUAAGAGACGAUGACAGAACUCUUGAGUUCGGUUGCAUCAUCUCGCCCUCGCGGCCGAUCCUGUACUCGGCCAGCCUCACGUGGAUAUCAAAGACCUCCGUCCUAGUGGCCGGGGGCACCGUCUUUGGUGAGAUUGUCGUCUGGAAGUGCCACUUCUCUGGCGAUGCGGCGGAGGCCGAAAAGAAGCCGUGGAGCGAGGUCUUUUUCGUAUUCACUGGCCAUGAGGGCUCCAUCUUUGGCGUGGACAUUUCCCCCGAGAUCGAUAUCGGCGAGGGGGGCAAGGCGAGGCUUUUGGCCAGUUGCAGCGACGACAGGACGAUACGAGUCUGGGACAUCACCGAGAGGCCCGAGGCCCGGCGGCUGCAGUACGGCGCCUUCAGCGAAGUUCGAGAGACGGGGUUUGGAGGUGCUGCCGCGGAUCUCGCUGCGACGCAGGUGGCGUCAAACGCGCCCCUGGCCAUGGUCAUGGGCCACAUCUCGCGCAUCUGGCACGUCAGGUUUCCGCAGACACUGGACGAGCUAGCCAGCCACUCCGCCACGACGAUAUACUCCUUUGGCGAGGACUCGACGUUGCAAACCUGGUCCCUAGAGAUCGACGUCGGGCAAUGGCGGCGGAAGUCCCUUGCCCCUGCGGCCGCGGAUGACGUCCAGGUCGCCGCUACGAUCACGCACAAGGAGACGUACGCCCGCCACGACGGCAAGCACAUCUGGGCCACGGCGCUCACGCAGGCGGCCGGCGGCGAGGUGGUGGUCGCCACAGGCGGCGCCGAUAGCAAGAUCAACCUUCUCUCGGACCGCUCGCGCGCGGUUCGUGGUGGGGUGUCCCAGGUGAGGGACUUGCCGAGCGAGCUGCGCACUUUGGUGAUGCGGGACGUGAUCGGCAAGCUGCCGGCACGGGACCCCGACUUUGCGACCCCGUCUGAGGUGAAGGAGGCGUUACACAGGUUCACGUUCAUUUCGAGGGAAGAACUGCUCGCCACGAACAACACCGGCCGUCUCCUGAUCGGCACGUUCGGGGCGGAGCUGACGUGGUCUGAAGUUGGGACCGAUGCGGAUACAUUGCAGGCGCUGAGGACCUGCACCAGCGUCAAGAGUCCUGCGCCAGGUACGGCGCUGCUGGGCACGGCGAGCAAGAAGGUUUUCCUCUACAGAGACUCGGCCCUCCGGCAGAUCGGCACGGUGCCAGGUAAGAUUGCCGACAUCUUCUGCUUGGGCGGCGCUUCGGGGACGACGCCGAAGCUGGAUUUCCUCGUUACCAUGCUGGGAGGCGAGGAGGCCACGCAGAUCCUGACGCUGGACCUGGAGACCUACACGGUCACUUCCAUGGUCUCGGUUCCCGAGCUGGAUAGCAGGUUCGUUGUCACAGCCGCCUGCCAGAUGAACGACCUCCUAAUCCUCGGCUCUCGCCAUGGGUACAUGUCCGUCUUCCGCCGCACCGACGGCCAACUCGACACGCUCGCGGCGCCAGACAGACGCACCAACGACGCCAUAACCUCCAUCAACCCCCUCCCCGUCCCGUCCCCUUCUUCUACAGCACCUCACAUCAUCACAACAAGCCGCGACGGAAACUACCGCAUCUACGAACUCCCCCCUCCGCCUUCCCGUCCCCACUAUGUCUCCGUCAAGAGACCGCCCCCGCCGCGCAAGCACUUCAUCGUCUGGAACGAGACGCGCCACGAGGAGCUUCUCCGUGUCAACUGCGGCGGCGCGCACCGCGCUUUCGCCUACAUCCCGCAAGACGGCAACGGUGACGUCGGGCUGCGCUUCGUCUACAACAAGGCCGCCACGUUGGGCGUCUACGUCCAGCCGCCCGCGUCGGCCGCCGUCGCUCACCACCGCACACUCAAGCGUGGCUCGCACGGUCGCGAAGUCCGCGCCGUUGCGUACUCCGGGCGUCGGUACAUCGCGUCGGGUGCCGAGGACACGGCCAUUCGCAUCUGGGAGUACGCCGCUGUCCCGGAGUCGAAUCCCUUGAGACGGGAACUGCGCUGCGUCAAGGUAGUCAAGCUGCACACUGCGGGGCUACAGUCCCUUAAGUGGCUCGGCGAGGAGCUGCUCUUUAGCUGCAGCGGCAACGAGGAGUUCAUGGUCUGGCGGGCGAGCGACCUCGGCAGUGUGGCCGGUCUGGGCCUGAUGCGUGAGGCUGUGUUCGCGGACCGGAGCGCAGACGGGGACCUCAGGAUCACGAGCUUCGACGUUGAAAGGCUGGAGGACGGGGCCGCCGCCAUCACGAUGGCGUUCUCCAACUCGUUUGUCAAGACGUAUAGGUACACGCCCGACACUGGCUUCGAGCUGAUGUUCCAGGGGCAGUAUACCGGGGCGUGUCUGACGCAGGUGCGGCACCUCCAGGUCCGGGAAGGGGCGUUCGACGUCGUCACCGCUGCGACGGACGGGUGCAUCGCCGUCUGGCGGUCAGCGGGUGCCGAGUACGUUCUCCAGAACACGGUGCGGGUCCACCAGAGCAGCAUCAAGGCGCUCGACAUACACGCUCCGUCUGCGGGGCGGGCCGUGGUCCUCACCGGAGGCGAUGACAAUGCUCUGGGCAUCACGACGCUCGGCUUGUCGGCAGACGGCGGCGGCUUUGCGCCCGUGGCCAGGGCGGGCGUCAGGAAGGCCCACGCGGCGGCCAUCAACGGGCUUACAGUUCUAGGGGCCAAAGGGGCCGACGGUGAGGUGGUAUUCGCGACGGCGAGUAACGAUCAGAGGGUCAAGGCGUGGAGGCUAAGGUGGCGCGAAGGCGUAGAAGAGGUCACGCUCGUGGCUGACGAGUACAGCGGCGUUGCGGAUGCCGGUGACAUCGAGGUCAUCGGGGAUGGGAAGCUCGUCGUCGGCGGCGUUGGGUUGGAGGUUUGGGAUUGGUCCAGGAUGAGUGGCUACUAUAAAGGGGGCUUGUGA